UGAUCCCAUCCCAACCCUUCCCCCAGUUCUCUUCUUUGUAUUAUUCGACUUGGAAUUGCUGGCACACUUUUUUAUUGUUUCUCUUUUACUCUGAUUAUUCUCUGCAACAAUGGCUUCGGACAAGGAGAGAGAGACCCACGUUUACAUGGCGAAGCUCUCUGAGCAGGCCGAGCGAUACGAUGAAAUGGUUGAGCAUAUGAAGACAGUGGCAAAACUUAAUCUUGAGCUUACGGUGGAAGAGAGGAACCUCCUCUCUGUUGGAUAUAAAAACGUCAUUGGUGCAAGGCGAGCAUCUUGGCGUAUUAUGUCUUCAAUUGAGCAGAAAGAAGAGUCUAAGGGAAAUGAGAACAAUGUUAAACUGAUCAAGAGUUACCGCCAAAAGGUUGAAGAGGAACUCUCUAAGAUUUGUGGUGACAUUCUGACAAUUAUUGAUGAGCAUCUUAUACCCUCUUCCACAUCUGGAGAAGCCACUGUUUUUUACUAUAAGAUGAAAGGUGACUACUAUAGGUAUCUUGCUGAGUUCAAGACUGACCAAGCAAGGAAAGAGGCAGCUGAGCAGUCCCUCAAGGGAUAUGAAGCUGCUUCAGCCACUGCUAACACAGAACUUCCAUCAACACACCCGAUCCGUCUUGGUCUUGCACUUAACUUCUCUGUGUUUUAUUAUGAGAUAAUGAACUCUCCUGAAAGGGCAUGUCAUUUGGCUAAACAAGCCUUUGACGAGGCAAUUGCAGAGUUGGAUACAUUGAGUGAAGAGUCAUACAAGGACAGCACUUUGAUCAUGCAGUUGUUGAGAGACAACCUGACUCUGUGGACCUCCGAUUUGCCAGAGGAUGGAGGUGAAGAUGGUACCAAAAAUGAAGAAGUCAAACCAGCUGAACCUGAGAAGAACUAAGGUAGUUCCGAAGCUGGACAUGGGAGUCUGAUAUCUCUAGGUUACUCUGCAAAGGGGGCACUUUUAAGCUUUUCUUGCAAUGGAGUUGGACCUGACAAUACAGACGGCCUUCAUAGUUCUUGUGCUCUCGUUUUAUAUCCGAUCGAAGCUAGAAAUGCCAUCCGCCGCUGUCUUAUUUUGUUUUUUGGGGAUUUAUUACCUUUUAUUUUUAUUUUCUAAGUAAGCCGAUGGAUGAUUUGCAUCUACUUUUAUAAGCAUUUUCUUGUCUUAGAUUCUUUAGAAUGAUUCUGUUUUGUUUCUUGUUCUUAAUACAUUUCAACUUGGAAUUGGUAGCAAAGUUUCUAUAAUGUUAAGUUUAAUGAUCAAAUAAAUUGAUGGAUAUGGCAUCCGUAGUGUGGCUUC